CGAUAAGUCAGCCAUCUUCAUCGUCAUACAGCAUGCGUCGAUAUACAGCGCAGCUCGCAGCACCAGCACAGCACAGGGACGCAUGCCUGCCUUCUGUUCGCUCGUCGCGCCGCCUUCUUGUGUCUCUGGACGCUUUUCGCUCACUAUUAACGAAAUUUGGUAUCGACAUGACCGAAGCCCUACUGCAGGUGGCUGCCGCACACGCUGACCGCUACUGCCGGUGCGCGCUGCGCUACCCCGGCUGCAACAUGCGGUUCGUGCGGGGCGAGAUCGAGUACCUGGAUCGGGCGGGCAUCGAGGACGGCUCCGUGGACCUGGUCAUCUCGAAUUGCGUGAUAAACCUCUCCCCGGACAAGGCCCGCACGCUGUCAGAGGCCUACCGGGUGCUCCGGGCGGGCGGCGAGAUGCACUUCUCCGACCUCUACUGCGACCGGCGGCUGCCCGCUGCCGUGCGCGCACACCCGGAGCUGCUGGGGGAGGGGCUGGCGGGGGCGCUGUACGGCAAUGACUUCAUUAGGCUGUGCCGGAAGGUGGGCUUCACCGACCCGCGGCAGCUGGAGUGCGAGGAGGUGCGCAUCAUCGACCCAAAGCUGAAGGAGCUGGUGGGCGAGGCUCGCUUCUUCAGCAUCACCUACCGCAUGUUCAAGGUGCCCGGGCGGAUGGAGGACCUGUGUGAGGACUACGGACAGGUUGCGGUGUACAAGGGCACCAUACCCGGCUGCCCGCACGCAUACGACCUGGACGACCACCACAGGUUCGUGACCCGCAAGCCCAUGCUGGUGUGUGGCAACACCGCCUCCAUGGUGGGGGAGACCUGGCUGGCGCCGCACUUCACCGUCACCGGGGACCGCGCAAUGCACUUUGGGCAGUUUGACUGCUGCGGCGGGAACGGACCCAAGCCAGCCGCCGCUAUCGGGAGCCCCGCUGCGAGUGGUCGGGGUACAGGGGGAGGGGCGUGUGCGGGGGCCGCAUGCUGCGUGUAGGGGGCUAGAGACGUAGGCAAUUAAAAGGGGAAGGAGUGACGGUGUUGGCAAGAGGCGGUGCGAGGAGGACGAUUACGGGAAUUAAAGAGGGGCCUGGGUGUCGUGUCCUUUUCAGAGCGCAUGGGUCCGGCGCUGCUUGCGUCUUUUGAACAUUGCUAACUCGUUGCUGAGCUAGAGCGGGGGCAGAUUAUUGUUUCUGGGUAUGGGCAAGUCAGUCCGUUGAUAAGCCGCUAGCACACGGAUACUGAUGAAGCUUGAACAUGUGGAGGCACACGAUUGUAUGCCAUCCUUGUAUGUAGUUCCGGCGGAUAGAUGCGCUGUGAUGCAGCGAAAAG